GCAAGAUGGGCUGGGCCUACAACUGGGGCUUCUACCCCUCUGGAAUCGACAGCCAGUUCAGCUACAUCCCUACUCUCUGGAGUCCCGCUCCCGAGCACUCCAAUGGCUUCGCUGACCAGGUUGAGACUCUCAUCUCCUCUGGAACCAAGGCUGUCUUCAGCUUCAACGAGCCCGAUAUUCCCAGCCAGGCCAACAUGUCUCCUGCCGACGCUGCUUCUGCUCACCAGCAGUGGCUGAACAAGUACUCUGGCAGAGUUCUGGUUGGCGCUCCUGCUGUCUCCAACUCCGGAUCGCCUGGCCAGGGUGCCGAUUGGCUCAAGCAGUGGGUUGAGGCUUGCGCUGGUAACUGCAACUUCGACUUCGUCAACAUGCACUGGUACUCUCCUGCCUCUGCUAUCGACACCUUCUUCUCCCAGAUUGAGGCUGUCAGCCAAGCCGGUGGUGGCAAGCCUGUCAUGAUCACUGAGUUCCAGCCCUCUGGCUCUGUCGAUGAGAUUACUGCUUUCUUGGAGGAGGCUCUGCCCAAGUUGGACUCCAACCCCAGCGUCCUGGGUUACUCCUACUUCAUGGUUGCCAACUCUGGCAGCUCUGACGGUUUGAACCUCAUGGCCUCAGCCUCCGCCGCCAGCAGCAUCGGUCUCACCUAUGCCUCCACUUAAGCACGUGGCUGAGAUGGAAUCCUUUCGCUUCCUAGGUAUUACAGUACCUCGCUAAAGAUUUAUCUCGACAUAUCUUUUAGCC